AAGCAUUCAAGCUUGAAUUGCUACCUUUCCCUUCUGCACAUAUCCAUACACUAACUUGUUAUUUCUAUUAUAUUCUCAUAUAUAGCUAUUAUAAUGUGUGCAAAUUAUGUUAACGGUGAAGUGAACGGAAAAGCCGCUUAUGGGCAGCCGGUCGGAGCUCCGGUGGGAGUACCCAGUCAAUGGACCACCGGCUUAUGUGGUUGUUGCGAAGACUCCUCAAAUUGCUGUGUGACUUGGUGCUGCCCUUGCAUCACCUUUGGCAGGAAUGCUGAAAUAAUUGAUAAUGGAGUUACAUCUUGUGCUCAUGGUGGGAUUAUAUACUUUCUGCUCGCCUGUGUUGGGUGUGCAUGUUACUAUACAUGCACUUACAGAACAAAACUCAGAGCUUUCUUCAACCUCCCUGAGGAUCCCUGUAAUGACUGCUUGGUUCAUUGCUGCUGUCUCCCUUGUGCUCUAUGCCAGGAACACCGAGAGCUCAUGAACCGUGGCGUUGACCCCACCCAAGGAUGGAUGGUGAAUGCACAAAAAUGGAAGGAAGUUACAAUGGUGCCUCCAGCUGUUGCACCUGCCAUGGGUCGCUGACUUUGGAUUUUAAUUUGAUGGUUUUUAAUUAAUUACAUUAUAUUAUUGUCUAUUUCCUAUAUAUGUAUUUCAAUUCAA